AUGGAUGAUCUUUAUUAAACAGAAAUUAGAAAGAGAUAUAAUUCUUCAAUGACAUAUUAGUAAUAUUUAGAUACUCAUGAUUAACCACCUCCUACACCUACAUUAAAGUAUAAUUUAUAUUUUCAUUAGGGCUAAAUAAUCACCUUAAAUAGUUGAACCUCUUACCCUUGAACCUCAUAAAGGACCAAAAAUUCAUUAGCAAAAAUUAGCAAUUUAUACACCUGAUGAUGUAAUAUUUGAAGAAUCAGAAACUGAUGAAAAGCAACGAUCAAAUUAAAUUCCAAAAAUCCCAUGUUAAAAAGCCUUAAUUGAACAUGUAUUAUAAUAAUAUAGUUAUAGAAUAUAAGAAUACGUAGUCAAAGCGAAAAUUUAGGUUUUUCUGUAUUUAGAUUCCUGUAAUAAAAGAAAAAAGUAUGA